ACCGUGAGUGAUCCAGAACUGGAGUAGUUGUGGUCUCCUGCGCGUGCGCUCUACGACCGGAGGCCCAGCGGUGGAACGCGGGGACCUCCGUGCACUAUUCUGGUGGGCCAGGCAUGGCGGGCGCUGGCCCGGUGUUGAGUAUUCUGGGGCUGCUGUUUGUGUCUGCGCUGUUUGGCGUCCUCGGAGAGCACCCCAACCCCGAUCUGGGGGCACACCCAGGUACCAAACGCCGCUCCCAGGUCGGUCCCGGGGCCACCGAACCUCGGCGGCAGCCGCCACCCAAGGACCAGCGCGAGCGGGCCCGGGCCGGAUCGCUGUCUUUGGGCGCGCUGUACACCGCAGCCAUCGUGGCUUUUGUGCUGUUCAAGUGUUUGCAGCAGGGCCCAGAUGAGGCUGCUGUCCCCCGAGAGGAAAAAAACAAGAAAUCCUCACAGUCAGAACAACAGCUGGUGCAGCUGACCCAACAGCUGGCCCAGACAGAAGAGCACCUGAACAACCUGAUGACCCAGCUGGAUCCCCUCUUUGAGCGGGUGACGACUUUGGUUGGAACCCAGCGGGAACUUCUAAACGCAAAAUUAAAGACCAUCCACCACCUUCUACAAGACUGCAAGCCUGGCAUAGGGGUGGACGUUCCAGAACCAGAAGCCCCCAUACACUUUCCGGACCUGGGGAAAGAAGACCAAGAGGAUGCUGGAAACAGUCAGGCCUGGGAAGAGCCCAUAAACUGGAGCUCAGAGACAUGGAACCUAGCUCCUUCCUGGGAAGUGGAGCAGGGGCUGAGGAGAAGGUGGCACAAGACAAAGGGUCCAGCAGGAAAUGGGGGACAAGCACUGAAGGUUUAGUAAAAACAGUCGUCUUGGGAUUGGGGAUUUAGCUCAGUGGUAGAGCACUUGCCUAGCAAACGCA